AUGUCUCUCUCUGCAUUCUCAUUCCCUCUCCAUCUGAGACAAACAACACCACCUUCUGAUCCUAAAACAUCAUCAACCCCUUUGCCUUUGUCUUCUCACUCUCAUUGGGGUGCAGAUCUGCUCACACAAUCCCAACGCAAACUCAACCAGGUGAAAAGAAGGCCACAUGGGGUAUGUGCAUCACUAUCAGAAAUGGGGGAGUAUUAUUCUCAGAAACCUCCUACUCCACUGUUGGACACCAUAAACUAUCCAAUUCACAUGAAGAAUUUGGCUACCAAGAAACUGAAACAACUUGCGGAUGAGCUGCGUUCUGAUGUUAUUUUCCAUGUUUCUAGAACUGGGGGUCAUUUGGGAUCAAGCCUUGGUGUUGUAGAACUCACUGUUGCCCUUCACUAUGUUUUCAAUGCUCCUAAGGACAAAAUUUUGUGGGAUGUUGGUCAUCAGUCUUAUCCUCAUAAGAUACUCACUGGUAGAAGGGAUAAGAUGCAUACCAUGAGGCAGACAGAUGGAUUGGCCGGGUUUACAAAACGAUCUGAGAGUGAUUAUGAUUGUUUUGGCACUGGUCACAGCUCCACAACAAUAUCAGCAGGACUGGGAAUGGCUGUUGGGAGGGAUCUGAAGGGAGAUAAGAAUAAUGUAGUUGCUGUUAUCGGUGAUGGUGCUAUGACGGCUGGUCAAGCUUAUGAAGCCAUGAACAACGCUGGAUAUCUUGAUUCCGACAUGAUUGUUAUUCUAAAUGACAACAAGCAGGUCUCCCUACCAACUGCUAAUCUCGAUGGUCCCAUACCACCUGUAGGUGCUUUGAGUAGUGCUCUCAGUAAGUUACAAUCAAACAGACCUCUUAGAGAACUCAGAGAGGUUGCUAAGGGAGUCACUAAACAAAUUGGUGGCCCAAUGCAUGAGUUAGCUGCAAAAGUUGAUGAAUAUGCGCGUGGCAUGAUCAGCGGUUCUGGAUCAACACUAUUUGAAGAGCUUGGACUUUACUACAUAGGUCCUGUUGAUGGUCAUAAUAUAGAUGAUCUUGUGUCCAUUCUAAAUGAAGUUAAAAGUACUAAAACAACUGGUCCUGUGCUGCUCCAUGUUGUCACUGAAAAAGGCCAUGGAUAUCCAUAUGCAGAAAGAGCAGCAGACAAGUACCAUGGAGUUACUAAGUUUGAUCCAGCAACUGGAAAACAAUUCAAAUCCAAUGCUGCCACCCAGUCAUACACAACAUACUUUGCAGAGGCUUUAAUUGCUGAAGCGGAAGCUGACAAAGACAUUGUCGGAAUCCAUGCUGCAAUGGGAGGUGGAACUGGCAUGAAUCUCUUCCUUCGCCGUUUCCCAACAAGAUGCUUUGAUGUGGGGAUAGCAGAACAGCAUGCUGUUACAUUUGCGGCUGGUCUGGCUUGUGAAGGCCUUAAGCCUUUUUGUGCAAUUUACUCAUCAUUUAUGCAGAGAGCUUAUGACCAGGUGGUGCAUGAUGUCGAUUUGCAGAAGCUGCCUGUAAGAUUCGCAAUGGACCGAGCCGGAUUAGUUGGAGCAGAUGGUCCCACACACUGCGGUGCAUUUGAUGUCACUUUUAUGGCAUGCCUCCCUAACAUGGUGGUGAUGGCUCCUUCUGAUGAAGCAGAGCUUUUUCACAUGGUUGCAACUGCAGCUGCCAUUGAUGAUCGACCCAGUUGUUUCCGAUACCCGAGGGGAAAUGGUAUUGGUGUUGAGCUACCACUAGGGAAUAAAGGCAUUCCUCUUGAGAUUGGGAAGGGUAGGAUACUAAUUGAAGGAGAAAGAGUGGCCUUGUUGGGCUAUGGAUCAGCUGUUCAGAGCUGUCUGGCUGCUUCUUCCUUGUUGGAACAUCAUGGCUUGCGCGCAACAGUGGCGGAUGCACGUUUCUGCAAGCCAUUGGACCGUUCCCUUAUUCGCAGCCUUGCCCAAUCGCACGAGGUUUUGAUCACUGUGGAAGAAGGGUCAAUAGGAGGAUUCGGAUCUCAUGUUGUUCAGUUCAUGGCCCUUGAUGGCCUUCUUGAUGGGAAAUUAAAGUGGAGGCCAAUUGUUCUUCCUGAUUGUUACAUUGACCAUGGAUCACCGGUUGACCAAUUGAGUGCAGCUGGUCUUACACCAUCUCACAUAGCAGCAACAGUUUUCAAUCUACUUGGACAAACAAGAGAGGCACUAGAGGUCAUGACAUAAAACAAAUGCAAAGGGGUUCAAUUUUUGUUCCCUGCAAUGUACAAAGUAGCGUGAUUCACCCAGUGUAAUACAAAUGUGUUUGUUAAAAAAUAAUAGAAAUGGAAAAUGCAGAUUGACAAAUAAUAGUGCCAACAAAUGGUUAAACGAAUAAACAAACACAAUUGGUAGUGUAUCUUCAUAUUUUGAUAUGACGGGGAAAAGAUUUAGCUGAAGGCAUGACAGAAACGAAUUUUUAGCUAUGAGAGGACUCUUGAAUGUGAAUGUCGAAGAUGACGUUGGUAUGCCAUUACAUCUUAGUCAUUGAAAAUGUCCCUAAGAGGUCCACCUAAACAUUUGCAUUACGUUCUAGUGGAAAAAGUAAAGUCCAAAAAAAUUAUUAUCCUCAUGGCAAACAGCUUUUGGUAAUUUAAGAUAUCGAAUUUCCUCAUUCUUUCUGUGUA